UAUCGCCAAGGUGGGACCGGUAGUCGCUCCUCCGUUACGAGCUCUGUUAGAUACCUCGCUUUCCUGCUUUGGAUUCUCUUCGUUCUGAACGACGCGUCCCCGAAAGUGUGCGCCACGAUGCCAAAUAUCGCGAUCAUUUUUGGGUUCGUCUCGUUACUCCACUUGGUUUCGGCGGGAGGACAUCACGGACAUCACGACCACGUGGUGAUCCACGUGCCUUACAAGAUUAAAACCAUACACCAUACCCAUACGAUCACGAAACAUAUCCAUCACGGUGGUGGAGGUGGCGAUAAGUACGAGGUGUUAGGGUACACCGUGGGCCACCCGAUAGAUUUAGGUCAUCACGGUGGUGGCGGCCUCGAGGGUUUUGGCGGCUUGGAAAGCGGCGGCGGUGGUCACGAGCUCGGGGGAGGUGGCGAUAUCGGCGGCGGUCACAUCGAAUACAGCGGAGGCGGUGGAAUGAUGAGUGGUGGCGGUCACGGUCACGUCGAGUUCAGUAGCGGAGGUGGCGGUGACAUCAGCGGAGGACACGAACUGGGAGGAAGCAUAGGCAUGGGCGGCGGAGGACACGAAGACUGGGGUGGACAUUGAGAAGCAAAUCGCGCGAGAAGAGUACGGUAGCGAGAGAACUUGCGAGAAGUUCGAUCAGCCUCUCGGAACAUAAUAUUCUCGUCCGAAGAAAUGUAUCCAGUUGCCGCACCUCCGUCGCUCGACGCCUCGACCCUCCAAGGAAAAUUAUUUCGCGACGAUAUUUUCUCACACGUUUCUUUUUAUCUUUAUCUCUGACUGGUGUCUCGCGGCGAGUGCCGAUCGACUUUACCCUCCUACCUUGUACUUUCUCUCCUCGUCCUAGUCUCACACCGUUCGCACCGUCUUAAUGUACAUAGAUAUCGUUACUCGUUUGUUCGUUGUUCGUUGUUUUCUUUAGCUCCGUUGUAUCUAUCGUUUGCGUCUACCGCGGCUCGAACGAUCCACGCAUCGUUGCAAUCGAGUCGCGGAGGAAUUGAAUAAAU